UAAAGUAAAGGAAGUCAGAGAACCUGCUCUGGUUUUGUUGGCCCUGUUUUUCCACCGCCCUUUUUCUUAACUGAGUUCGGGCCAGUUGCCCUCCGACCUAGCAUCGCCUUCACCAUGGCUCUCAGCGAUGCUGACGUGCAGAAGCAGAUAAAGCACAUGAUGGCUUUUAUUGAACAAGAAGCCAAUGAGAAAGCAGAAGAAAUAGAUGCAAAGGCAGAAGAAGAGUUCAACAUUGAGAAAGGCCGUCUUGUGCAAACCCAAAGACUGAAGAUUAUGGAAUACUAUGAGAAGAAAGAAAAACAGAUUGAGCAGCAGAAGAAAAUUCAAAUGUCCAAUUUGAUGAAUCAAGCAAGGCUCAAAGUCCUCCGAGCAAGAGAUGACCUUAUCACUGACUUACUGAACGAAGCAAAACAGAGACUCAGCAAAGUGGUAAAAGAUACAACCAGGUACCAAGUGCUACUGGAUGGACUGGUCCUCCAGGGUUUGUACCAGUUGUUGGAGCCCCGAAUGAUUGUUCGUUGCAGAAAACAAGAUUUUCCUCUAGUAAAGGCUGCAGUGCAGAAAGCUAUUCCUAUGUACAAAAUUGCCACCAAGAAGGAUGUUGAUGUCCAAAUUGAUCAGGAGGCUUACCUGCCUGAGGAAAUAGCUGGUGGAGUUGAGAUCUAUAAUGGGGAUCGUAAAAUAAAGGUUUCCAACACCCUGGAAAGCCGGCUGGAUCUCAUAGCCCAGCAGAUGAUGCCUGAAGUACGAGGAGCCUUGUUUGGUGCAAAUGCCAAUAGGAAGUUUUUGGACUAAGCCCUUGGGAGGUGAAAUUAAUCUACUGCUGUACCUCUGAGAAGCAAGAUCAUCUAUGUAGCUUACUAUGUAGCUUCUUCUUUGUUGUUCUGCUAUUAUAUUUAUCAGUGGAUAUCUUCUGUAGCUAACAUCCUUGGCCUAAUGUUAACAACUGGAGGUUUCCUAAGUGUGAUCAGGACCCACAGUAAUUUGUCUCAGAUACCACAGCUUUUAUUUGGUUCUGUAGCAUGAAGAGGAGGGGUCAGAUGGUACUGCAUGGACUAUACCAAGUCUCCUGUUCUUUUCACUGUUCUAAUUACCUAAUCUAAACAGUGAUAUGCAUGGUGAUCCUUGCUCUUUAGGUAUGGGGCAUGUAUUCUUUGGGCCUAGAAUUUUUCUUCAUCUGUAAAUGUGAUUUAAAAUCUAAGCAAUGAAUUUUCUUUAUUUAUUAAAACAAAAGAUUUA